AUCUCCCUCUUCUUCGCAACAGGUAAACUUACAACCAUCCAUCCAUCCAUCUAUCUAUGCAUCCAUCAACUACUUUAGUGACUAAAAAAAAAACCAAAGAGAGAUGAAUGAUUGAUGUAGAAGGAUACUAUGGAUUUCCCCUUUUUUUUAUUGAAACAUUUAUUGACCUUUCUACUGAUAGACUUCUUUUUUGCGCAUUUGUUAACAUGGUCAGAGUUUCCGUCUUGAACGAUUGUUUGAACAACAUCAACAACGCUGAAAAGCGUGGUAAGAGACAAGUUCUCGUCCGUCCUUCUUCCAAGGUCAUUGUCAAGUUCUUGUCCGUUAUGCAAAAGCACGGUUACAUUGGUGAAUUCGAACAAAUCGAUGACCACCGUUCUGGCAAGAUUGUUAUCCAACUCAACGGUCGUAUUAACAAGUGUGGUGUUAUCUCUCCCCGUUUCAACAUCAAGCUCGGUGAACUCGAAAAGUGGACUGCUAACUUGUUGCCUGCCCGUCAAUUCGGUUACCUUAUCUUGACCACUUCUGCCGGUAUCAUGGAUCACGAAGAAGCUCGUCAAAAGCACACUGGUGGUAAGAUCCUCGGUUUCUUCUACUAAAUUGCAAGUUAUCUUGUUGAAUAAAAGACAAUCAUGUUUGUGUCUAGACACUGUUUUUUUUUUCUUUUCAUUU